AUUCAACUACUCUCCGCAAGUAUUGCUGACUGCAUUGCAAGCUAAGGAACGGAAAGGUAUUCAAAUUGCCUUACAGAAGUUUUUCAUAUCUGGACUAGUUUAUGCGCGUAUUUCUACCUUUUGUGUACUCAUAUCUACAUUUUCGUGAGAAACGCCUUUACAAAGAUAAUUGGGUACUAUUAAGAGGAGGCAUAAUUAAAAGCUGUAACAUCGUUCUUCGCCUUAUCACGAUCUCAUUUGUUCAUUAGUUUCUAACAACGUUAUUCCCGGAUAAUAAUUUACAGAACACAAUGAAAAAUUGUGGACAAAUGAAAUUAAUAUAAUUCAAUUUAUACCUAGUGAUCUAACUUUGGACCAUUAUUAGAAAUAAGUGGCAGCACCACGUUCAGUCAGUAGCUGAAAUGCCAAGAUACGCGCACCAACCAGAAGAAAGGAAUUGCGCAUAAAUUGAUAAACCCACCAUCGCAGUUUUUACUUAUAAGGGACACUAAAGAGUAUAUUCCCGGAGACUUAGACAAAGGAGUCAAGUCAGUUUUUGUUUCAGUGAUAGGGAGACAAAGGCCAAGUGAUCAGUUGCGGCCAGUGGGGGUAGGAUGACGAAGUUAAACUAUGGUGUACUGGGUUGCCUAAUGAUAUUUUCCAGCUUAUAUUUCAUUAAAGGAGCACGCGUACCUGAAGUUAAUAUUAAACAAAUGUUGUGUAAAAAUCUAUGUCUGAAGGGAAUGGGCGGAAAUCUCUGCACAUGUCACGCCGCUCAUUUUGCCGGAAAACGACAGGUACCAGAAUCACAAAAUAUACCAAAUGACGAUUUAUUUGAAAUUACACUCAACGAAAACCUUCAAAAUCCUUAUACAGAAUACACAGAUAUUUCGAGUUAUAUGGACCAAUACGAUAGCGACUAUAGCAAAAUAAAAGACUGGGAAGUCCCAUCAUUCCCCCUGAGUAAUUCCGAAAAAUACAAUAACAUCCUACUGAAGCAGUUUUUGACUCAUCGAGAUGAUAUAAACAAACAGAGACAGAUAAACAGAAACUGGCUGGAAUCUUGGCAAGAAUACAUCAACUCGAAAGUACGCCAAGUACAACGUGAAGGUCGCUUGGACAUGUGACGCUACUCCAAGGACUGUGAAUGUUAAGGAGGCAU